UUAUACAGUCGGAGAGACCGUGGAACAAGGAAGACACCGCGCCACACGUUCGUCACCUACCUGUUGAAUAUUACCUACUGUUUAAUGAUCGAGUCAGGUGUUGGUUUGACAAGUUACUCACUGUCGGAGAACAAAGUCGAACCUGGGGAUAAAGGAUAGUCAGUCGAGUUUAGUCGAGGUAAAGGCGGAAGGAAGGAGGAUUUGUGGAAGAGGUAGCCACUCCAAUGUUUUAACCAGACAGACAGACCACCGGAUUUAUCAACAGACCAGAAACAGAUUUAUUGACGCCGCCACACGAUGCCUUUAGGACUGAGACGAAAGAAGAACAAGUCGAGGGAGAGCUCGAACCUGGUGGAGAAUGAGGAGGUCGGUGGACACACCGGUGGGCGCUCCGUGAAGUCGACCGUAAACGGAGCGGGGCUCCCACCGCCACCUGCCAACCUGCGGCCCAAACUAGUGUUCCACACUCAGCUCGCCCACGGCAGCCCCACCGGAAGGAUCGAGGGAUUUAAUAACGUCAAAGAACUCUACGGGAAAAUAGCUGAGACGUUCAAUUUAAAUCAACCGGAGAUCCUGUUCUGUACAUUGAACACCCAUAAGAUCGACAUGGAGAAGCUGCUUGGUGGUCAGAUCGGCCUGGAGGACUUUAUAUUCGCCCACAUUAAAGCCAUUAAGAAGGAGGUGGAGGUGUUUAAAUCAGAGGAGGCCCUGGGCCUCACCAUCACAGACAACGGGGCGGGAUACGCCUUCAUCAAGCGUAUCAAGGAGGGCAGUGUGGUGGACAAGGUGAAGGUGAUCUCUGUAGGAGACCACAUAGAGUGCAUCAACGGGAAGAACAUUGUGGGAACACGUCACUACGAGGUGGCUCGCAUGCUGAAGGAGCUGCCUAAAGACCAGAAGUUCACCCUCAAACUGGUGGAGCCCAUGAAGGCCUUCGAGAUGCUGGAGCCGCGGUCGAAGGGAGCCAAGGAGGCCAGUGACAAUAAGAUGGGGACAGGGAGCGGGACUCUAAGACUUCGCUCCAGGGGCCCUGCUACCGUAGAGGAAGUGCCGACAGAGUUUGAGGAGAGAGCAGUGAAGAAGGUGGAUGACCUACUGGAGACUUACAUGGGUAUCAGAGAUACAGAACUGGCGGCGACCAUGGUGGAGGUGGGUCGGGACAAGAAGAACCCUGAUGAGUUUGCCAUGGCUCUGGACGAGGCUCUUGGAGACUUCGCUUUUCCUGACGAGUUUGUGUUCGACGUCUGGGGCGCUAUCGGAGACGCCAAACAGGGACACGUUUGAACUUUCCCCUGAUUCCCUAGCCUGGUCCCAGAUCUGUUUACAGUUGGCAAGACCUCACAAACAGGUCUGCGACCAGGCUACCAAUCCCCCUGAGUACCACAGCUCCACAUCUUCAUCCAGCGAACUGGACAAAUACCAGCCAGUAGAGAAAGAGGCUAAGGGUGCCUCUGUUUUGUAGGGUUACCAGUGUUGCACCCUAAAAGACAGAAUCACUUCAGUCAUGUCCCACUCAACCUAGUUUUCUGCUUGUGUCCCAAAUGGCACCCCCAUAUUCCCUUUAUAGUGCACUACUCAUAGGGCCCUGGCCAAACGUAGUGCACUAUAUAGGAAAUAGUGUGCUAUUUGGGAUAUACAUUCUAUGUCCUUUUUCCACAGGUUACAAAAGGGUUCUGAUGUCUGAAUCACCACUACAGCACGUGUCUUUACUGACUGUGGUGAACCGACAUGGUGAUCACAUACAGCAGGCUACUGUAUAUCAGGGCUUUACUGACUGUGGUGAACCGACAUGGUGAUCACAAAUCUAAUUUAUUUAUAUAGCCCUUCGUACAUCAGCUGAUAUCUCAAAGUGCUGUACAGAAACCCAGCCUAAAACCCCAAACAGCAAGCAAUGCAGGUGUAGAAGCACGGUGGCUAGGAAAAAGUCCCUAGAAAGGCCAAAACCUAGGAAGAAACCUAGAGAGGAACCAGGCUAUGUGGGGUGGCCAGUCCUCUUCUGGCUGUGCCGGGUGGAGAUUAUAACAGAACAUGGCCAAGAUGUUCACAUGUUCAUAAAUGACCAGCAUGGUCAAAUAAUAAUAAGGCAGAACAGUUGAAACUGGAGCAGCAGCACGACCAGGUGGACUGGGGACAGCAAGGAGUCAUCAUGUCAGGUAGUCCUGGGGCAUGGUCCUAGGGCUCAGGUCCUCCGAGAGAGAGAAAGAAAGAGAGAAGGAGAGAAUUAGAGAACGCACACUUAGAUUCACAUAGGACACCGAAUUGGACAGGAGAAGUACUCCAGAUAUAACAAACUGACCCUAGCCCCCCGACACAUAAACUACUGCAGCAUAAAUACUGGAGGCUGAGACAGGAAGGGUCAGGAGACAUCACAUACAGUAGACUACUGUUUCUCAGGGCUUUUUAGAAUAGUUCUUAAAAUGUUGCUGUGGAGUCUGACCAGCAGCGGUGUAGUUAUAGUGAUAGUAUUAU